GCUGGCCCCAGGGUAAGGGGGAACGGGAGAGCUGGACGGGACGGCUCGGCUCGGCUCGGCUCGGCUCUGUGCGUGUGUAACCUUCCUGCGCCUGUUGUUGUGGGUCUCCUUGGCAGAUUUAAGGCGUCCGCGGUGAAGGAAUGCAUCCGUGCCGUGCUGAAGGAGAAGCUUGCCGACGUGCAGUACGUCCCUGAGGAAAUCCCACAGCUCACGAUGUCUUUAUCGGAGAUAAUCAAAGAUAGGCUGAAAGAGGAGGGAUUUGAGAGGUACAAAAUGGUGGUGCAGGUUGUGAUUGGAGAGCAGAGAGGAGAAGGAGUGAACAUGGCUGCACGAUGUUUCUGGGAUGCUGACACUGACAGCUAUGCUCAUGAUGUUUUCAUGAAUGACAGCCUCUUUUGUGUGGUAGCUGCAUUUGGCUGCUUCUACUAUUGAAGAUAACUGCACAAAAGGACAGAGGUGGGGGAGAAUACUUGAGGGUAUUUUUUGUUACCAUAACAUACACAAACACAGCGUGUUCUUCCUUUAAUACUUGUAGAGCAAUACAGCUCUACAAAGCACAUCCCUCCUCCCUUGUUGAUGUCAGUAUGGCUUUGAGUGUGUCAUUAUGUCCUUUAUGUAAACUGCUGUUUGUUUUUAUGUAGCGUGCUGGUUUUGUCCUAAAAAGAGUAUUGCCAGGAGCUGUUGUUUUUAAGGCAGACACAUCUUCUGUUUUAAGAGGGUUCCACUGAGGAGAAUGAAGUAUUUCCAAGAAAUGUAACAUAAUAAAUCUGUAUAUUUA